AUGAGGAUCAUCUUAGGAUCCACAUCUAAGUGGCGUCACGAGAUUGCAACAAACGCACUCGGAAUGAACAUAGAGAUGAUGGAAGCAAACAUCGACGAAAAAGCUACAGCACGUGAAGCAAAUCCAAAAACACCAUCGGAUCAUGUAUCAGCAAUUGCUAAAGGAAAGCUUGAUAAAAUCUUUAGUUUAGUUACAGGAGAUCCUGCUAUUGUCAUGUGCUAUGAUACAGUCGUUGUUUAUGACAAUCAAAUUUUAGAAAAACCAAUUGAUCAUGAUGAUUUAGUUAGAAUGGUUAAAUUAUGGGGAUCUAAAGAUAAAAUAACUUCAGUAUAUACAGCAUUAGCAAUCGGCCGUACAGAUACAAACGAAAGAAUUUACGAAGUUCACGUUUCACGUGUUAUUAUGACAAGAGACUUAACUUCAGAAGAAUUUGAAAAGUACGUAAAUGGUAAAUACGUAAAAUAUUCUUCUGGCGCUUUAAUUACCGAGGAUCUAAUUGAAAUUAACGCAUGCCGAAUUGAUGGAAACCUCGAUACCAUACAAGGACUUCCUGUUGAAGCUACAAUCAAUGCUGUCAGGAAAUUACAAAAUCAAUAA